UUGUUGCAGUUGGAGUGAAAAGUGCCACCAGAAGCUUAAGAGUGAGACAGAGUUAUAAAAAAACAGAUAUUUCCCGCCAGCGAUCAGUGAAAAAUAUGAAUUCCAACGCCGUCGCACUGCUGCUGUUCGUGGCAUUGGCCAUCUGCAUCGGGGACAGUGCCGAAAUUCCGCCCCUACCGGUACAGGACGAACAAACGGCCGGCGCAUCGUCAGCGGAACCGGAAGAAUCUUAUCUAGGGGUAAAGCUGUACAAAAUGGAGCGACCGUGCGCAAUGCUGGGUGGGAUGUGCGUGCAGACGAGCGAGUGCAAGCAGCGGCCAGCAAACAGUGGACUGUGUCCGGAAAAUACCCACCUGGGCGUUGAUUGCUGCUACGAAGUAAAACCCGCGAGCAACCUCACCUGCCACGAGUACCGCGGCGCUUGUAUGGAGCGAUGCGCCGAAGAGCUACAGCGCCCGUCCACCGAUUGUACCGAUGGGAGCAAGUGCUGCGUGCUGGUCGUAUAAGCCUUUUGUUGUUUGCUGUAAACCAUAGAAUGGUUCGUAUUUUUACUCGAUACCACCCGAAAGAACAAAGAGAAAAGAAAGUGAAGUAUAAAAAAUGGUACACCUCUCUUCUCGGGUGGGUUUUCGGGUAGAUAACGAACCAUUUCCAAAUCGUAUCUCGUUGACCUCGUAGAGCAAGCAUCAAGCGUUGUUAGCAGUAAAUCAUAUCAAUCAGAAGCUAUUUAAAUAAACGAUUCGUAAGUAAAGCACAAUUUCAACCGA